CCUGCUGGAGUCUGUUCGGGGAAAUCGCUGCAAUAUGUCUCAAUUCCAGCUGACUUUGGCUACCAAGGCCAACCAAGCUGCUUUGCUGCCCAUCCUGCUCGUUGCAACUUCUGUCAACGAAGCCCGACCUGCCCCAGUUAUUACCAUCAAUUAUGAAGAUGCCACAGUUCUCCCGCGGGGCGACAAGGAGAUUGUCGAGUUUACCGCUGCCAACGGCACACUAGUCUACGGAUCUGCUGCCUUCAAGGAGCUUCUUCUCAGCUUCCCUUAUCUGAACAGCAAGGAAGAGAAGCUGGAAAAUGAAUGGCUUGCUCAGCUGGAAGAUUUUGCCUCGCUCGACUUCAAAGCCAUUGAACCAAAACUCCAGCAACUCAACAACCACCUUAUACUGCGAUCGUUUGUCGUAGGGUACGCUCUUUCUACCGCCGACAUUGCUCUCUGGGGUGCCCUCCGUGGAAACCGUGUCGCCAUUGGUGCCAUCCGGAAGGGAACAUUGAUUAACCUCACUCGCUGGUUCAACUUCUUGGAGGAGCUUUGCCCAUGGGCUGUUGCUGCCUUGGAGGCUCUGAAUGCCUCUGCCAAGGAGAAGAGGGCCGCGAAGGCAGAAGGAAGGGGUCGUCACCCGUUUCCCUCCGGAGCCUUCUGGAUACCUCCACAUCGGACACGCCAAGGCCGCGCUUCUGAACGACUACUUCGCCCACGAGAAGAGUUUCAGGACGCUAUCCUUGAGGAUCUCGCCCUUAUGGGCAUCAAGCCUGACAAGACUAGUUACAGCAGUGACUACUUUGACGAACUCCAGCAGUACGCUGUCCAGAUUAUCAAGGACGGAAACGCCUACGCUGAUGAUACCGACAAGGAGACAAUGGCUUCCCAGAGGAUGAACGGCGAGCCCAGCAAGCGCCGCGAUGCUACAGUUGAGGAGAAUCUGGCUCGGUUCGAAGAGAUGACCAAGGGCACCGAGGAGGGUGCCCGCUGGUGUAUCCGUGCUAAGAUGUCUGUUGACAACCCCAACAAGGCCAUGCGCGACCCGGUUAUCUACCGCUGCAACCCGGCCCCCCACCACCGCACUGGCACCAAGUACAAGGCUUAUCCUACGUACGACUUCUGCUGCCCAAUCAUCGACUCUCUGGAGGGCGUUACGCACGCUCUUAGAACUAUUGAGUACCGCGACCGCAACCCUCAGUACCAAUGGUUCUUGGACACACUCAAGCUGCGUAAUGUUCAGAUCUGGGACUUUGCCCGAAUGAACUUUGUCCGCACCCUACUUUCCAAGAGAAAGCUCACAAAGCUUGUCGAGCAGGGCGUUGUCGACGGCUGGUCGGACCCUCGCUUCCCCACAAUCCGUGGUAUCAGGCGCCGCGGAAUGACCAUCCCUGCUCUGCGUGAGUUUAUCCUCAAGCAAGGUCCCAGCCGAAACAUUGUCAACCUUGACUGGACCUCGUUCUGGGCCACCAACAAGAAGUACAUUGACCCGGUCGCCCCCCGCCACACUGCUGUCCUCAAGAAGGAUGCCGUGAAGGCGACUAUCAAGGGAGGUCCCGAUUCGCCAUACACUCAGGACAAGCCUAAGCACAACAAGAAUCCUGAUGUGGGUACUAAGAAGGUGACCUACAGCAGCUCGAUCCUCUUUGACCAGGAGGAUGCCAAGAGCUUCAAGCAGGACGAGGAAAUCACGCUUAUGAACUGGGGUAACGCCUUCGUCCGCAAGAUAGUGACAGAUGCCUCUGGUGUUGUUACCGAGCUGGAGCUGGACCUGAACGAGAAGGGUGACUUCAAGAAGACCGAGAAGAAGGUUACUUGGUUGUCUACCGACCAAGACCUGGUUCCCGUUGACCUUGUCGAUUUUGACUACCUUCUCAACAAGGAUUCCAUGCAGGAGGAGGACAGUCUCGAGGACGUCUUGAACCCCAAGACCGAGUUCCACGAGGAUGCCGUCGCCGACAGCAAUGUCGCUCUCCUGGCUGAAGGUGAUAUCAUUCAGUUCGAGCGCAAGGGGUACUAUCGCCUGGACAAGGUUGCCUCACCUGGCAAGCCUGCUGUCUUCUUUAACAUCCCCUCCGGUAAGACUGGUAAAUAGAUUAACAGUUCAGUGGCUCUACGAGAUAGACGAGUAAAUGAAUAAUAUGCAUUCAAGCAGUG